GGGGCUCUCUCAUAGCGCGCGCAACAUAGGAGAAAGAUGCGAGUCAUUUCGUCAACAGCGGGGCUGUGUGUGUGCAGUAUUCUCUUGUCUUUUUUACUUUUCUCUUUCACACAGAAACACACACACACACAUACACUCUGUGGCCCUUAUAACACCACCUCCCAGCCAGCUGGCCCGGCCCACACCUCUCUUGGCAUUCGUCCGCCAACCUCCUCUCUCCUUCUGGCCCUCCCGGCUUAGACAUCCCCACCACCUUCCCAGCAGCAUAACACAGGGCCGCCAGCUUACAUACGCAUUGCUCUCUCGGGUCUGGUAGUAGUAGUCCAGAGUUGCAUAGCCCCCAUAGCGUAUCCCCCAAAAAGCCAAAGUGCGCUGCAAGAGAGAGUAACGCGUGCAGUGUUCGGCCGACGCUUGAUUACGAGAGUACUACACAAGAGCAUAGUCAUCAUUCGCCUCUGGUCCGUCAGACUUUGCAGUCGUGUGUCCGUCGUCCAAAUUCAUCCGACUUGUAUUUCAACUUGAACCCGAGACGACCGGCAACCAAUACAGUGACGUCGGCUUGCUGUUGUUUCUGUUUUUUGUUUGACGGGCUUUUACUAUUACAGUGCGUGUUGCAUCAUUCGAUCGGAAUUUGAACCGAUCGCAAACUUUUUUUUUUUGUUUUUUUUUUUCUUCAAUUUCUAAAGUGAUUGCGCCACAAUUUCUAAAGUGAUGAUCUCGGUGUCGUUUCAUCCGAUUGAUUGAAAAGACAUUUCAGUGUUUUAGGCGAAAGCGUCGGUAAUUCCGCGUUGAAUAAACAACGAGAAAUUAAAACCUUGCCCUUUGUUUUUUUUUAAACUCCCGACAACUACUACUCCCCCGCAAUGAGUUCCUAUCAGUUUGUCAAUUCACUAGCGUCGUCGUGUUACGUGGGUCGAGGAUCGACCGUCGGUGCCGGCGGACCCGAUCUGUCUGGCAUGUCGGCGGCCGACUAUUACGCCACUGCCAUGAGCAAUUACCAAAAUUGCUAUGGCGGUGGUCCGGUAGGAGUCGGGCAGCCUCAGCAACAACCGCAUUACGCUGAUUUCGGGGCCAAUCACUUGGUCGGCCAACACCAGCAACAACAGCAGCAGCAGCAGCAGCAACAGCAACAGCAGCAGCAGAGUCAGCAUCCGCAACACGCCAUGCCCAUGUCGCCAAUGUCAAUCGGCGGAGGUGUCGACUUUACCAUGUCGCAGGCGCUGCACGUUGCCCAACAGCCGAUGCAGCAACAGCAACAACAACAGCAAAACAGAUUGCAGCAACAGUCGGCUCUCCAGCAACAGCAGCAGCAAAUGCGCGGCCCGUCUGCCCAGCGCCUCCAUUCCGUCGCCAGUCCCGUCAAUUUAGGCGGUGCCGUCGCGACGCCGAGCAGCUGUAAAUACGCCGGAGUGCCGGACACGAAAUGUCUGGGAUCUCCACAAGAUCUGAGCCUAACGACAACGACGUCGUCCUCUUCAUCAUCCAACGCCCUUUCUCAUUUGAAUGCGGCCGUUCAAAACGGUUUGGGCGGCGGUGGGCCGCCGCUGGUUCCGUCAAACGCAUCCGUUCCCGUCGCAUCUUCCUCAUCUUCGUCCACGUCCGUCACGCAGCCCUCGUCCAAACAUCACAACAACCACCACCACAACAACCACCAACACGACGGUUCGUCAACCGGCAAAUCGAAACAGAGUCAGCAGCGCAACAGCCACCACCACCACCACAGCAAGACGGUCGUGGCGGCUGGAGCGUCGUCGCCGUCGUCCGUUUCGUCCGUCUCGUCGGGAGACAGCGAUCCGCACAGCCCCGGCCAGCACGACGGCGACUCUAAAAAUCCAAACGCUCCGCAAAUCUAUCCCUGGAUGAAACGCGUCCAUCUCGGUCAAAACGCAGUCAACGCUAAUGGAGAAACUAAGCGCCAGAGGACGUCGUACACGCGCUACCAGACGCUGGAACUGGAGAAAGAAUUCCACUUUAAUCGCUACCUGACCCGGAGGAGACGGAUCGAAAUCGCUCACAGCCUCUGCCUGUCUGAGCGGCAAAUUAAAAUUUGGUUCCAAAACCGGCGAAUGAAAUGGAAAAAGGAGCACAAGAUUGCCACUAUGAAUAUGAUGCACCAGCACCCCAUGAUGUACCACGCUCACCAUCACCAUCAUCAUUUAACGAUGGCCGACUUGACUGGUGAUCACAAGAUAUAGCUAGCGCAGGACGUUGGGUUCUACCCUACUAGUACACCUGUAGGACCCGGCGACUACAACUACCACCAAUACGGAUCGUCACCAGCCUCCACCCAAUAACGGAUGGAAAGCCCAGCACAGACAGAUCAUUAGGAGAAAAAAGAUGGAUAGAAAACGGUCGACAUUGUGUCGAGGCGCUAAAGACUCUCUAAGUACUCUAAAAAAAAAAACUUUUGUGUUGCUAUAAAAACAUUUUUUGCAUGUGACUUUGAUUGUACAAAAUUCUAAACAACAACAACAAACAACACAAUCGACAAGACGAAGAAGGACACUCUCCCGCAAGGAUGGUUCAUUCCCUUCGUCCAUAAGAAUUCAAUGAAAUCUUCGAUCGAGAACAAAAACUGGCGGCCGCAAACAAGUGAGAAAAUG